AUGGAUGCGACUUGCGAAAUGGCUUCGAAUCCCCCCUCGCCCUCCAGCACAGCAAACGAUUCGAAUGCGCCACCUCAUGAUACCAUGUCCAACGCGAGCGGUAGCAAUUAUGGCGGCAUCGACCCCGAAGUCGAGGAAAACCUCUACAUUCUACCGUAUGUAUCCGAAGAGGGUUUACGCAACGAUGCUACAGAUCAUCGCAAAACAAUCGGAACCUCUCGGGACGACUAUUAUCCCCUUCCUUCUAAUUUCAACAUUGCCGCCUCGGGUACAUUGCUCUCCCUGCCUUCAGACAAUAGCUGCCGCCUGCUUGCGCUUCCUUCCGAACUCAUCGAUGCGAUCCUGGCCUAUCUGCCUCCCUGCGACCUGGCAAUCGUAGCUGAGACCUGCCGCAUCCUUCACGCUCACGCUGCGUCCGAUGUUCACUGGUACCAAAGGGUGCAAGCCAAUGUCCCUGGUGAGAAAGUCAGAACUCCCUAUCCAUGCCGCACAUACCGCGAGCUGUACGCCGCACACGAUCCGAGGUGGUUCUUGCCAAAGUACAAGAUCUGGUUCUGCGACCGAGACCUUAUGGGCAAGAUGAUCAUCGUUAGGUAUGAUCAGCGGAGGGGUUGUAUUGAAGGAUACCAGUUGUUGGCCGUCAGCAACCGUACUACAUAUCAGCACUGGCCUGCUGACCACAGCGUGAUUAUACACGCGUUCGAACCUCGGGUCAAGCUUCAUCUAGACAAGCCGGUACUUCAGUUCCACGCUCGCCGCCCAGCCGAUGACGUGGGAUCCUCGAGCAUUUUGAGUCAACGAUUCCUGCCCGAGGUGCCAAUGUCUAUUGAUGACCGAUCUGAUGCCAUGUUUAGCAACUUCUUGAUGGCUCGCCCUCUAGACGGCGCAACGGCUACCUCGAGGAUGGAUGGUGUAUUUCCUUACGGAAAUGUCUGGCCUCCGCCGGCCAUUCCUGCCCGUCACAGGGUAGCCGGUGUAUCGUCUGGUCUGGACGGUGACGACCUUGCCCCUGGCGAUCUGCCAACGAGGAGAGCGGAGACUUCGGACCAGGCCUUCCGCAUCCGGCAGUGGAUGGAGAUGGCCGGGUCCCCGACACCAGGGCUUUUCCUUGGACCCGGGCCCGUAGGUAUCGUACAAGCCAUCCAAGCUAACAUGGGCAUGGGUACUCGCGGUGUUCCUGGCGUGCACAUUGGCGAAGAAGUGGUAACAUACUCAACCCUCGAUCCUGUCGUGUACACGCCGACGGCGCUCAAACCAUGGCGAGGUAUCUGGGUUGGGGAUUACAGCGGACAUGGGUGCGAGUUCUUAUUGAUCAACCAGCCUGAUGACGAGGAGGUGUCGGAUGAGGAGCUCGGCCUCAUUCGCGAGGCUCACGAAUCUGAUGCCGAAUGGACGCGUCGGCGCACUGACGCAAGAGUCUAUCGGGGCCGCUUGGAGGCAAUCAAGCUGACUGGCGACCCAAAUGUUCCGCGAGGAGAAUACACCUUUGUUGCGGAUGACUUGGGCGAGGCCGGCUUCGUUGGUGUCGCUCAAGAGCCACCGUUCCAGGGCACGAGAGUUGUCAAGAGCAAAGACAAGUACAUUGAGUCUCAGCUUAUGCUAGUCUCCCAUGAUCGACUUGCUCAGUACUGGGUUGGCUUCGGACACAUCAGCUUCUUUGAGCGGGUAAACCUUGAAGAGUUCAUGUCACACUGA